AUGCCUCAGGGUUUAACAGACGUUCUGGAGGAGUGGAAAGGUCUGGAAGAGGAAUAUCAGCACGCUCAGGAGACACACAAGCUGUACAUACAGAAACUGGAUGAAAUUUCCAAACUACAAAACAAAUGCUCUUCCUCCAUUCUGAGUCAGCAAAAGAGACUCAAGGAGAUGUCCCACCUUGUGAAAAAAUGCAGCAAAGGACUAUCAGAAGAAGAUGCAAAGACCUUGGAAGAAAUAAAAGAGAAAAUGAAGAUGCGACCAAAUACUUUCUUUGAAAUGGAAGCUUUCCUUCCCAAGAAAAAUGGGCUGUAUCUCAGUCUUGUUCUUGGAAAUGUGAACGUCACUCUUCUCAGCAAGCAGUCAAAAUUUGCCUACAAAGAUGAAUAUGAGAUGUUCAAGCUGUGCUUCACUGUCAUCCUGCUGCUAUUCUCCUUCAUGUGCUAUUUCUUUGCGGGCUACAGGUUCCUUGAUGCGAUCCUAAAUUUCCUGCUGGUGUGGUAUUAUUGCACAUUAACGAUCAGGGAAAGUAUCCUCAUCAGCAAUGGCUCCAGAAUCAAAGGCUGGUGGGUUUUCCAUCACUACAUCUCAGCUUUUCUGUCUGGUGUAAUACUGACAUGGCCUGAUGGGACCCUGUACGAGUUAUUCAGGAACCAGUUCCUCGCCUACUCCUUGUAUCAAAGCUUCGUUCAGUGUCUGCAGUGCUAUUAUCAGAGCGGGUGUCUGUACAGACUACGAUCACUGGGAGAAAGACACAACAUGGAUCUGACCGUGGUGGGAUUUCAGUCCUGGAUGUGGAAAGGGCUGACAUUUCUUUUGCCCUUCCUGUUUUUUGGUCAUUUCUGGCAGCUCUUCAAUAGCAUCUCUCUCUACAAAAUGGCUCAGCUCCCAGAAUGUAAAGAAGGGCAGGUCUUGAUGUGCAGUGUCUGCUUCCUCAUUCUCUUCAUGGGAAAUUUCUUCACCACUGUUGCUGUGGUUCGUCAGAAAUUCAAGAGCAGGAAUCAGAAACCAAAGAAUCUCUAAUACAUAAUAUUACAAAUAAUAAUAAAAAAAACAUGAAAAACAUCUUCUUCCAUGUUCCUGUCUGACUGAAAAGUCACAUAAUCAUUGCUGCUAUCAUUAACAUUAUUUGCUAUAAUUAAUAUGCAUCAAAAAAGUCUGCUGGCUAUUACUACAAAACACAUAUAGUAGAAACACAUAUAAAUCUGUGUUAUAAUGAAUCAGUUGCUAUUAAA